AUGUGGAUCUCUUCGAGACCUCGAACGGGAAUCAGGAUGGACGGACAACCGAUAGAACUCGUCGAUGAGUUCUGUUACCUGGGCUGUAUGCUGAAGAACAACGGCAGCUACGAGAGAGAUGUUCAGCAAAGAUGCGCUAAGGCCACUUCUGCAUUUAACUCCUUAACGAAAUUUCUUUGGUCGACCCCCAUCACCAACGAAGUCAAGCUGCGAGUCUACCUAUCCGCAAUUCGCCCCAUCAUGAUGUACGGAUCGGAGACUUGGGCAGCACCAUCAACGGUUAUGGAGAGGCUUGACUGCACGGAAAGAAAGCUGCUUAGACGGCUACUUGGCUACUUUUGGCCUAGGGUAUGCCACAAUGAAGAUCUUUACGCAGAAAUUGAUGUGGUUUACCGGCGGAUGACACGUGGAAAACAUCAACAUCUUGCGCCGCCAUCGAAAGUGGCUAAAGUAAAUCGUCUUCGCUUCUUUGGUCAUAUAUUAAGGAGACCGACAGAUCGCCUUGUUCAACGAGUUCUGAAGAGUUCGUCGGGUUCAAGCUGGAAGAAGCCACCUUGCCGAAAACGGAAGUUCUGGACUGAGGUGGUAAAAGAGGACCUGAGGACACUCGGCGUGGAUAGGCAGUUCAGGCGAGACGUAAGGUUUCGCAGAACAUGGAAUAGCGACGAAUGGAUUGAUUCUGUGCAAGCUCCCGCAGAAGAUCGAGAAGGUUGGGCAGAGCUGUGUUCAAGGACGGCACACCUCGGCGAAGAUGCGGGUAGUCGCGUCAGGCGAUGA